GGCCCGAUUAUGCCGCCUACUGGGACGAUGUCUUUGGUCAAUAUCGCCAAGAGGAUAUCUUUUCUCCUGUGGAUAUCAGAACAGCGUCCCUGGGCGCUCGUAUACUUGUCCAUGGUCAGACUGCACAUUUUAUGGUCCAGCCUAACCUAGAUUAUUCAUCAGGAAGCCAUUGCAUCCACUCCAUGAACGGGAGCCUUUCCGGAUAUGUUGAUAUCCCGCAGUAUGAGGUCCAGAAAUCUACUAGGUACGUGGGUGAAUUCAUCGCGAUAUCCGUGGCGAUCAGUCAUCCGUUCCCGUUUUUGAGCGGUAGAGGCGGGGACGAUCCAGAAUAUGAGGACUAUUUACGUUAUCGGGAUGACAAGAGUGAUCUUCCAGAGCAUAUGCGACAGGUAUUGUCAAACCAGGGGGGGUUAUAUUUUCUGUUGGAUGUCAUGCUCAUCAAAAGAGAUGAGCACUCUAAUGUGGGCAGACGUGUUGGGAUAGGUCGAAUAUGUCUUAGGCCAUGGGCAGAAUCAGAGCGACGGUUUAAGACCAUUGUCCUCGAAUGAAUAUUCUACACAACCCAUGUCUGCUCAUGCCAUAA